AUGGUCCAUCGUAUUUGUCGUUUGGCCACUGAAGAGCAUCCGCGGUUCGCGUGGAAACAAUUCGCUUUUGAUUUUUUUUUCUACAGAUACUUCGACCAAGACAGCGUACUAGACAGAGUUCCCCGAAUGUUUCUUGUGCUUGGAGGUUGUUACGCAGCCAUUCAGCUUGUCGGGGUCAUACUUUUGAAAGACCCACCAGAGAGCAUUUCUGAGCAAGUCAACCGCAAUGACGAGGAAACACAGCUGCUUUCAUCCAUCGGGAGUGUACAUAAUACCGACUAUUCGCCAAGGCAGGUUCUGAAGAAGAAGUCAUUUUAUAUGCUGUGGUUUCUCUUUUUGUUUAAUGGACAAGGGAUCCAGUUUAUAUCGUCUCUGUAUAAGACAUAUGGGCAGACGUUCAUCAAAGAUGAUCACUUUCUAGCUAUUGUCGGCUCCCUAGCGGCUGUGUGCAAUGGUGGAGGGCGGAUAUUAUGGGGCUACCUGGCAGACAAGUUUUGUUUCAAGGCAAGUUUUAUUUCACAUAGCAUCAAUUUGAUUUCAUGUUGUGACCUUUCCUUCAAGGAACUUAUUUCUAUUUGCCAAAAAAAUUGAAGUAGUGAAAACAAAGAAAAAAAUGCGAACGUAAAUAAACAGAAGGCAACGAAGAAGAUACCAAAACAAAACAUUCACGUUUAUGAAGGCGGUAGCAGCACGUUUGUCAGCUCUCACGCUAGAGCUAUCAAGGAGAUGAAAGACAGGUUAUCACGAGAAAUGGCGAGAUAAUAAGUAUAUAUUGAUACGUCUUAUAUAAUAUACGAAAAAAUACCGUCGUUUUGAUCCGAAAGACUGCUCUUCAGACAUGUCUAGAA